UCUGUCUGUUUGUCUUUUGCGGAGCAAAAAAUAAAGUGAAUUCAUGAUCUUAGUUUUGUAAUUUAUUCUCAAGAAAUUAUUUUAUGUUAGUUUAAAGUUAAAGAUUCAACUUGAUGUUUUGAGCUAUUACAAAUAAAACCAGUUGUUAAAGUGAAAUGGUAACAAAUACAUCUGGGGCGAAUGUGCAUGGCAAUGAAUUUACAAACGUUAUUUCAGGAUUUCAAUCCUAGUAAGUUCGUGGUGCACACCUGUUUGCUAAUAUUCACGGCGCUGUUAGCUUUGAAGUUAGACAACUCAAUAACAUGGUCUUACUGGGCAGUAUUCACACCCAUAUGGGUCUGGAAGUUUCUUGUAGUCCUGGGGGCUACUGUCGGUACAUAUGUGUGGUGGCAGUACCCUCAUUUCAGGUUAGAAGGUGAAGCCUACAUUCACUACAAAGCCAUGCUGAUCAGUCUUGCCAUACAUUUGAUACUGCUGAUGUUCGAGCUACUUGUGUGCGACCAGUUGACCACCAAGCGCCACAUAUGGAUACUGGUCUUUAUUCCGCUGAUCUUCAUUAGUAUAGUCUCAAUAGCUAUAUGUAUAUGGUCAGUGAAACACGACCGUAGCUAUGAGUUGGAGCUGUUCUGCGCGGUGAACAUACUGCAGUUCAUUUUCCUGGCCCUGAAGUUGGAUGACUUCAUCAACUGGUCGUGGGAGGUUGUGUUUGUGCCUUUGUGGAUACUCAUGUGUCUCAGCCUAGUAGGUGAGUGGGUGCUGUAUAGCAUAAUCUUCGCGGGUAUCCUGCUUCGCACGCCGGAGGUCAACGUGCAGCAGCGCCGGACAAGCUUCAACUCGGCGCUGGCCUACACGUUCACUGUCGUGCCCAUUUUGGUGUUCCAGGUGCUAUUGACGAAUAAGUUGGACGACGGCCUCGCGUUGUCAUACACCGUGGUAGUCAGUCCUUUGUUCGUCAGCUACGCUACAUUGAUUAUCAUGUCGUUCAGCUCAAAAGGGGGCAAUAAAUGGUGGUUCGGCAUCAGGAAAGACUUCUGCCAGUUCCUGCUAUCAGUGUUCCCUUUGCUUCAAGAGUACGCAAACAUAGCUUACAACAACGGAACACGCGCGUCCGAGCCCGCCCCGGAGCCCUACCGCGACGAAGAAACCCACAAAGUCAAAGAGAAAAAAUCACACAAAAACCAAAAGAAAAACGAACACAUGAAACCAGUAGUGCCUGUUACGAGCAUAGACAUGCCAGAUUGAUUCGCGCCGGGCUUAAGCAAACUGUGUGUUCACUCGUUAGUUAUAUUGUAAAUAUCGGGCUUCUAAAACGCAACGGAGCAAUAUUCAACGUUUGUUAAGUUUGUAUAAGUGCUAAGCUGUUCCGUGAGUAGUUGUAGUGUAAAUUGGUAAUCUAACGGUAUAGUUGUAGGUUGGUUUGUUAACUUUUAAUACUGUACAGUUGUUUGUUGCAAUUAUUCGAAAGCUACACGCUAAGCUUAUUGUUUGAGUCGAUCUGACUUCUGAGUUGAUUAGGGUGUAAAAUUACAUUUAACGAAGUUUGAUAUUAGGCAUUCGUUUAUAAAAAUCCUGCUAAAAAAAUUACGACUACAGAAUAUACGACACAGGCAAAAAGUUUUGCCUCAAUGUGUGGAACCAAAUUAUUAUGAGACGGGCAUGAAAUUAUUCGUUGAUCUCAAGCUAAUGUUAAAAAUAAACAGAUAUUCUAUUAUAUUCAUUCGGAGAAACUUAAGUUGAUCUUAUUUCAAAAUAUGAGAAGCCUUCUUUAAAUAUAAUUUUACACCCGUAAUUUGUGAUAGAGUAUUAGAUAACUAAAACCUGGUCUUUGAGCACGUAGAAUUUUGUCCAAUGACCCCAAGCUACCCAUCCUUAUCGCUCGCGCGUAAUUAUGUUGCUGUCGCGCUCGCACACUCACUGCGGGCGCCCGUCGCACAGUCGCGACAGCAAUAUAAUUACGCGCGAGCGAUAAGGAUGGGUCGCUUGGGGUCAUUGGACAAAAUUCUACGUGCUCAGAGACCAGACUAUAGUGAUGAUGAAAUUGUAUUGCCACAAAAUGAAAUAGUAAUCUAGCUGGAUUGUUACACUAUUUGUUAUUACCCCAGUUUUACUUGUUUUAGGUAACUUAAGUAGGUGCUAUUGUUAUUUUUUAAGCUUUAUUUCCCGUGGGCGUUAGAAUCAGAUGAAACGUAUCACCAGGCGAUAAUGAAGUGUUCUAUAGAUAAAAAAGUUAGUAUGUUAACUGUACGUAAGUCAUAUCAAUGAAAAGCAAUCGUAUGGGUGUGUAGACGUAGUUUCGUCGUGAGUAGAGUAUGUUAUGGAACAUAUCGCUUUAUAUUUCGCGUUAGGAAAUCUCAUAUUCGCUGGUUCAUAUUGUGUACUAAACAAAACACUAAGGCCCAGAACAGACGGUGAAACGCAACGGAGAGACCACACAUGACUCGACCAGUUUGAAACCGGUUAGAACUGGUCAAACUGGUUGCGUCAUGUGUGGUCUCUCAACGGACGCUAUGGCAGAAACUUAGAUGCAACUCAAAAGUAACUAGAAGUUGCAGUUUCAUUGCAAUUGCGUUUCACCGUGUGUUCUGGGCCUUACGUGUAGAUAUUGUUCUUAAUAAGUGCAAAACCAUUACCUCCCGUGAAAAAGGAUUACCAAUGUAUUUUUUGUACAUAAUUUGACUGUGUUUUGUUUUAUCGAAUAUAAUUAAGUAUUUCUCAAAGUAGUUUCGAUGGUUAAAACUUUAUUAUUGUUGAGGCUAUUGUUCAAAUCUUGAAUAUUAUUAUUGUGAAAGGAACUACUUCUACUUUUCCUCACUAGUUUCAUGAUACUAGUUUUAUUAAAAUACUAGUACGACUAGUAGACCCAGCUGUUCAUUCGUAGGUACUGGGAAUUAUUACAAUUCUUGCCUUCUUCUCUCAACUUUUGUUUCUAAAGAAGUUAUAUCGUUAAAUUUUGACAAUACGCGAGUUGUUCGAUGUUAGUGAUAAAACUAUACAAGGGCAAAUGGGGGCCUUUGUAAUUGCGUUAAGCUAUUAUGAACUCUAUUAUAAUGAGCAAGUGUUCCAAAUUUCACUGUCGUUCGUUAGUGUUUGUAAUGAAAUUUAGCUGAAUUUGAGUGGUGUCACUUUAAGUAUUGAAGUUUAGUUAUUAUUUUGGGUGUUGUAUUAGCGUGUUUAAAAAUAUAAAAUUAGAUGCAAGUGUUAAAUGCACUUGCCUUUAAAAGAUUAUUUAUUCUAAAUCAUGUUUUUUAAGACGUCUUCUCUACUUCAUUAAAAAAAAGUAUUUUAUCAAAGUAAAUCACACGUGGGAGACUCGAGUAAAUAAUAAAUUCAUAACAAACAUGCAUAAUGGAAACAUUGCAAUAUAUUUUGAUAUAAAAUUAAGUUUUUGUUACUUUUUUAUCCUAUGUUCAACAUUAUUUGAUUAUAAUUAUAGCAAAAAAUACUAUACAGUCUUUUGUUUACAAUAUUCACUUCAAAUUACAAAUGAUUUAUCAUUUCGUGACUACCAACAGUAAAACCAGGCGGAAUAAAUAAAGGGUGCGAUACAUCAAACCGUUCGUGACGAAUAUCUCACAAUAAAUGUCGCCGUAUACUAUACCACGUACUAUACACUCACGCACUGUAUACUGAAUGGGUUGUACGCUUUGUUUUUGUUUUUUACAUCAAAAACUCUGAUUCAUAAAAAUAAAAUAGUUUCGUAACAGCGUUUUAGAGUAUAAAUUCUCCAUCACUUUCUGACAGAUAAUCACUUCAGUAUGUUAAACAAAGACAACAGUAUUUUUAGGUAAAAUCAUGUUAUAAAAAUGUUUUGCUUUUUAUGAAUAUGGAGUCAAAUAUUUGUCUAUAAAGUGAUUUUGUUCUUCCUAUUUAAAUAACUAUGGUUUGUAGAUAAUUUUAGUAGACAAUAAAAUCAAGUGCUUUAUCAUUGGAUUGUAUAAAUUGAGAGCAAUAAAUUAAUAACAAAUAAUGCUAGUAAAUUAUGAUAACUAAAUUAACAUAUUUCUAAUUGUUUCUCAUUUUCAAAAUACUCAAGCUGUCUCAUCAGUUUUUUUGUUUCUUCCUUGACUAAAAACGAUGAACAUGUAAAUGCUCCGAUCAUUUUUAUUCAAAUAUAAAUUGAUUUGAAAAGAGUUAAUCCCACUUAUUUGUAUGAUGUAACUUAAUUUUACUGUUACAAUUAACAAAAAUACAUCAUGUAUUUAUUUUCACUGUGAUAAUAUACUCUUCCUAUCGCCUAUUACAAAUGAAUUGAGUACCUAUUAGCUAAAUAUUUUAUUAAUAAAACUAUUAUUUUUACUGGAUUAUUGUUUCGUCAAAAUUAAAAGUUUCAACUGUACAUGA